AUGACUGUAAAAAAUAAAACAGAGGAUCCUAAAAAGGAAAAGGCUGAGCCUGUACCGGCACCAAACGAUGAUUUGUCUGAAGAAGAUAAAAGACUUCAAGAAGAGCUGAACAUGCUCGUUGAAAAACUUGUGGGUUCCGACGUCGAUCUUUAUUUUCCAGCUUUACAAAUGUUAAGUAAUUUAAUAAGAACGUCAACUACAUCUAUGACAUCAGUACCAAAACCCUUAAAAUUUUUGAGAGAGCAUUAUCCAUCACUCAAGCAAGUUUAUGAAAAGAUUAAUGAUGAAAAGACAAAGAAAUUUUGUGCUGAUGUUGUCUCGGUUCUUGCAAUGGGAGUUAGUGGUUCAACAGAGGCAGCCGAAAAAAGAGAAUGUUUGAAAUAUUGCCUUUUGGGGACUAUGUCCAAUGUUGGAGAAUGGGGACAUGAAUAUGUUAGGCAGUUGGAAGGUGAAAUAGCUGAGGAAUGGAACAUAGAAAAUAUGGAUACAUUACUGCCACUAGUGCGUGAUGUAGUUACAUUUGAUAUGCAGCACUCUGCAGAGAUUCAGGCGUGUGAUUUACUAAUGGAAAUUGAUAGACUUGAUUUGCUUACUCAGCAUAUGGAUCAGAGCAAUUACCCACGUGUUUGCCUCUAUUUGAUUGGUUGUGCAAGCUAUGUUGUGGAGCCAGAGUCAACACAGAUAUUACAAGGUGUUCUGGACACAUAUUUGCGAUUUGGAGAGUAUCCUCGUGCUAUGCUUGUAGCUAUGCAGCUACAUGAUAAAGCCAAGUGUGAAGAAGUCUUCAAUGCUUGCACAGAUCCGUUGGUAAAGAAACAAUUAUGCUAUAUGUUGGCUAGACAAUAUGUGCCAAUUGAUUUGGAGGAUGAGGAUCUUCGCACCAUUCUUCUGAAUGCUCAUAUCAAUGACCAUUAUCUUAGUUUAGCUAGAGAGCUGGAUAUAAUGGAACCUAAAACACCAGAAGAAGUGUACAAAACUUGGUUAGAGUCUGCUGGAUCAGCCCUUAGACCUUCACUACUUGCUGAACAUCCAGUUGACUCGGCGAGACAGAACUUGUCAGCAACUUUCGUCAAUGCAUUUGUUAAUGCAGGCUUUGGUCGCGAUAAACUUGUAACUACUGAAGAUGGAAAUAAGUGGAUGUAUAAAAACAAGGAUCACGGCAUGCUUUCUGCGGCGGCAUCUCUCGGUAUGAUCCACUUGUGGGAUGUGGAUGGGGGUUUGACCCCUAUUGACAAGUAUCUGUAUACUUCCGACGAACAUAUUAAGGCGGGUGCAUUAUUGGCACUGGGCCUCGUCAAUUGCGGCGUACGAAAUGAAUGUGAUCCUGCACUCGCCCUCUUAUCUGACUAUGUCUUACAUUCCAGUGCCAACCUGAGAAUUGGUAGUGUGUUAGGUCUGGGCAUAGCGUACGCGGGCACUCAGCGUGACGACGUACUGCAGCACUUGCUGCCGGUGCUGAGCGACGCGGCCGCGCCCGCCGAAAUCUGCGCGCUCGCCGCCGUCGCCUGCGGACUCAUCGCCGUCGGCUCCUGCAAUGGCGACGUCACGUGCGCCAUUAUUCAACGCCUAAUUGAUGACAACAAGGAAUUGCAUUCCUCUACUUACGCCAGAUUCUUGCACUUGGGUCUCGGAUUAUGUUUCUUAGGCUGCAAGGAGCGAACGGAAGCCACUAUGGCGGCUCUUGAGGUGCUGCCGGAGCCGCAGCAGUCGCUGUGCCAGACGACGCUGUCGAUGUGCGCGUACGCUGGCACGGGCGACGUGCUUGUCGUCCAACAGAUGCUGCAUAUAUGCUCGAAGCACUACGAUACCGAGAACGAGCAAUCAUCCACUGAAGAUACAGCCUUCAAAAAGCAAGAUAAAAAGGAUGCCAAAGAAAGCAGCAGCUCAGCUGGAAGUUCGAAGGAUGAUAAAAAUAAAAGCAAGUCAAAGGACAGCAAAAAUAAAGAAAAGGAGAAGGAAAAAGAGGCAAACAAAGAGCUAUCGUCAGUGCAAGCUGUGGCCACACUGGGCGUUGCUGUAAUCGCAUUAGCGGAGGAGACUGGUGCAGAAAUGUGUACUAGAAUCUUUGGACAACUUGGGCGAUAUGGUGAGCCAGCAGUCCGUCGUGCUGUACCACUGGCUAUAGCUCUGUGCUCUAUUUCGAACCCGCAAUUAUCGGUUAUCGACGUCCUUAACAAGUAUUCUCACGACUCUGAUAACGAUGUAGCAUACAAUGCCAUAUUUGCCAUGGGACUUGUAGGCGCUGGUACUAAUAAUGCUAGGCUGGCGACGAUGCUGCGCGCGCUGGCGCUGUACCACGGCAAGUCGCCGGUGCACCUGUUCAUGGUGCGGCUGGCGCAGGGCCUGUGCCACGCGGGCAAGGGCACGGUCACGCUGUGCCCGGCGCACGCCGACCGCCGCCUGCUCAACCAGCCCGCGCUCGCCGGCCUGCUCGUCGUGCUCACCGCCUUCCUCGACUGCAAGAACAUAAUCCUCGGUAAAUCUCACUACUUGCUGUAUGUUCUUGCAACUGCUAUGCAACCUCGUUGGCUUGUCACCCUCGAUGAGAAUCUUCAGCCCCUGAAUGUCAGUGUUCGUGUUGGUCAGGCAGUAGACGUAAUCGGCAAAGCCGGUACGCCUAAAACUAUUGCGGGAUCCCACACGCAUACAACACCAGUUCUGCUUUCAUUCGGCGAACGCGCUGAACUCGCUACUGACGAGUAUCUGCCGCUCUCGCCCGUCAUGGAAGGUUUCGUCAUAUUAAAGAAGAACGAGGACAGCGUUAUGGCGUCCGUGCAGUAA